UAUCAAAGCUGUGGAAAUAAUGGCUCGAUUAAGUUAUAUCGCAUUGAAUGUUGCUGUGAAUGUACUUAUCCUGAUGUACGUUCUUGCAGAAGAAGAGCGCUAUUCCGAUCAAUUCGAUAACAUUGAUUAUCGAGCUGCUCUUAAUAAUGAUACUGUGCGAGAAUCAUAUUACAAUUGUUUUAUGGAAAUAGCACCGUGCCAGUCACCAAGACAUAAGGCCUUAACAGGGAUAUUUAGUGAAGCUUAUCAAACUAAAUGUAAGAAAUGUACUGAAAAACAAAAAGAAAUGUUUGCAGAAGUUGCUGAGUGGUACAUGAAAAAUUAUCCCGAAAAAUGGCAAUUAAUAGUUGCGAAGACUUUGGAAGAUAUGAAAAAGAAAGCUAUUCGAUAAUUAUCGGCAAUACAGAUGAAUAAUGGAUCUUUCGAUAUGUAUUGCAAUCAAAUCAUUGUAAAAUAAACAAACAAUAUUUGUGAAAAAUGUAAGCUGAUAAAGCUAA